AAGCUCAUCGGGGAGCUCGAGCUGCUGAUCAACCUGGUGGAGAUGGCGAGGGUCACCGGCGUUCUGAUCAACGAGCUCGUUCAGCAUGCGCAGCAGUACAAGGUGCUGAGCCAGUUGUGUCGGGCCUGCCGGGACAUGGACUACCUGAUCCCCUAUAAACACAAGGAGAGGGCCGGGGAGGGAAGUCCUGAGAGCAGCGAGGGGGGUGGAGCCUCGUACCAAGGUGCGACAGUUCUGAAUGCCAAGACUGGAAGCUACUGGUCUCCCAUCUGCACGCUGGACUUUGCUUCUCUAUAUCCCAGCAUCAUCAUCGCCUACAACCUGUCGUACGAGACGUUGGUGAGAGAGCCUGGCGAGCAGGCGGAGGCUGACAAGCAGCGGCUUCGAACCUUGGAGUUUGACGUCUCGGGCUCGAACGAGGAUCAGGUGGGAGGCGCGAAGUUCAAGUUCAUCCAAUCUUGGACGGACCCUGACGGGCGCGAGCACGACGGGAUCCUUCCUCGCAUCCUGCGGAGGUUGCUCAAGGCUCGCAAGGACGCGAAGCUCGCGAUGCAGGGGCAGACGGACCAGCAGAUGAAGAAAAUCCUCAACGGCCGCCAGCUGGCGUACAAGAUCUCCUGCAACUCAAUCUAUGGCUUCUGUGGCGCCACCAACGGGUACCUGCCCUGCUUGCCACUCGCCGCCACCGUGACGGCGAUAGGGCGAGAUCUGAUCAACAGGACUCGCAGUCUGAUAGAGAGAGACUUCACGGCACAGCAUGCAUGCGCAGCUACAGUCGUGUACGGGGACACGGACUCGGUGAUGAUCGAUUUUCACCUUCCCGGUAGCUCCGCCAAGGACAUCGAGCAGGCGAUGGACUUUGGUCAGCGAGCGGCGCAGGCUGUCACCAAGACGUUUCCAGCUCCAAUCAAGCUGGAAUUCGAGAAAGUCUACUGCCCCUACCUCCUCUUCUCCAAGAAGCGAUACGCCGGGCUCAUGUUCUCGUCUUCGGCACAGUCCCCCGAGAAGAUCGACGUGAAGGGCAUAGAGACCGUCCGCAGGGACUCUUGUCCCUUCGUCCAGGAAGUUUACAACGAGUGCCUCGAGGUCGUCAUGCGAACUUCGCCUCCCGAUGUCGACAAAGCGAUCAGCCUCGUGCGGACGAGAGUCUCGGAGCUGGUUGAAGGACGAGUCCCUCUUGUCAAACUUGUUCUCUGCAGGCCUGUGGGGAAGGAUGGCAGCAAAGGACGAGCCCCGCACAUGGAGCUUGUGAAGCGAAUGAACGAGAGAGGAAGAAACAGCCCGGCAACAGGUGAGAGGCUGCAGUACGUCCAGGUCAUCAACUCGACAGAAAAAGUCUACAGAACCUGCGACAGCGUAGAGGACCCGGCGUUCGCGGUCAAGAACGAGCUGAACGUCGACUACGAGUGGUACGUCAACAACCAGCUCAAGAACCCGAUCGUGAAGCUCUUCGAGGUCCUGGUCCCGAACGCGGAGGCUCGGAUCUUUGGUCACUCGUCGCGAUCGAUGGGGAGCGGGGUGAGGCUGAUCAAGCACUUCCAGCCGAGCAGCAACAUCAUGAGGAACUACAUCAUCAAGGGCCACAAGUGCAUCGGCUGCAGCAAGUCCGUCACGCAGUCGAGCGCGCAGUCGGACAAGCCCCCAAGGAUCCUCUGCAGCGACUGCGAGGCUGACAAGGAGGACCACGUGCUCGCCGCUCAGGCCUCGCUCAUCGAAACCCAGCACUCUCGCAACGCCCUGUGGAAGCAAUGCCAGCUGUGC